AUGGUCUAUACAAUCGUUGUUCACCUCUACGCCAAGGAUGAUGAGGAGUCCCUCAAGAAGCUCACCGCCAAGCUGAUUGAGGCUAGCCGCGUCUACUCCCAGGACAAGGAGACCCUCUCGUGGCACGUUAUGCAGUCCACCUCUGACAAGCGCGCCUUUACCAUUGUCGAGCGCUACGAGCAGGAGAGCAGCCAGGAGUAUCACUUGAAUAACCCUUACUGGAAGACUUUUGACCCCUACGUCAUUCCCCUGCUAGAGAAGCCUAUGGACUUGAGAAGAUUUGAGGAGCUUGACACCAGCAAGGAUGUUGAGGUCCCUCAAUAG